AUGGCCAUGAACUGGACAGGGGGCACCCGGAAUCGUGCCAUCAAAGCCUCUACAACAUCACGUCUCCAAAAACGCUACUUCGCCAAGGUCCGCGCCGCGGCCCAAACUUUCGUCAUCCCUUCUUCGCAAGGAAAUCUUCCCCACGCGUUCAAGCGAAAGAGGCGGACGAUACCAGAGUUUGAUAUCAUAGUCAAGAAGGCAAGGAUUGACCAUGGAGAGACUGCUCAAAAGGGUGCCUCCCAGCUUUUGUAUAUCGACAAUGAUCCUACCGGGAAGAGGGGCGGAAAGGGGAUGGAGGAGGAUAUUAGGAAGGAAAGAAGAAGGAUGCUUCUGGAGAGGGAAGACUGGGUGUGCACGGCCUUAUCGAAGCCAUUGUUUUUGAAAAACAGAGAAGAAAUGAGGAAGCUCAAGACAAACGUUCAUAGGGAGGCUACACAGACUAGCUCGUCUGGUUCUACUAGUUCUGAAGAAGAAGAGGGAGAUGAUUAUUAUGACGAUGAUAGCAGCACUUUACAAAACAGCGACAGCAAUCAAGGAACAGUAUCUAUCACGCGCAAGGAUAGGCGAAGGGUGGUUUCGCAUGAGGGUACUCCAGAACUACCGGAAUAUCCAGAAAACGAAGAUAUUUAUAUACGCAUCGGGGGUUCAACAUCGACCUCUACAACUGAUCCCACAAGAUCCGCGGAAGCCACAAGCUGGUCUACGGGGAUCGACUCUACCGUAAUUAGAGGCUCAUCGGCGGAUACAAUGUUAUUAGAUAUUGAUAAGCACGAGCCAAUGUUCCAAUUUCAUCACAUUACUCCGUCAGUGUCUGAUGUUAUUGAGCGGAAACGUCGAGAGGCUCGACAAAGCGGUUAUUCGUCAUCACCUCUAGCACGGUAUUCGCGUCGGAGGGGCAUCCCGGUCCCAAAGCCACUGGGGGAGGUCGGCGAGGAUGAUCUCCUGAUCAAGGAGAUUGAGCAAGUCUCUUCCCCUCUUCCUAGUAGUAGUUCGGUUUAUUCGACUAUAGUAUUACGAGAUAGCCCUAAUGCUCACGGGAGGGAGUGCCUCUGUCCAAAGGCUGAAGGGGUGAUGGGGUAUGGGUUCCCCAGGAUCGCGAGCAUUGAGGGCCCAAUUGAUAAGAAAAUUCGCAAGGAAGAGGUCCCAGGGCACACCCAUUUGUCAAAUAUUACGUUUGGGUCAUCACAAAUUUCGUGGAGUACAUCACCUGCAGAACAUCGGCCUUACCAACACCAAGGGGAACAGUCAUUUGAGGAUAUAGCUAGCGAUAUUGUUUCUAGUGGGAACUCAAUAAAUCUUGAACCUUUUGUGGGCAGUGCCGACGGAGCCCGAACCCAAAUCGGAGUGGUACCAGAUACUGAGACCGGCGAGGAGGAUGAGGAGGGCAGGCGUGAUGAAUCUCUAGGGGUGGGAGACCUGGGUGGCGGCGGAACAGAGGAAAUAACGGAGUCCGAGGUAGAGGAACUUGAGAUGGAGAUGGAUCAAGAUGAUCAUUCGCCCGGUGACAAUCAAGAUAGCACUGAUCUAAUGUCCUUAGACCCUGGUGAAGAUAACGUGAAAGAUACUCUAGAAAGUACCGACUACGAAUGGGAUGAGGAAGGCACUGCCACCACAUAUGAAGACACAGGGGGGAUCUUAGGCACUAUCCAUGUGGCUUCCACCAUUGCCCAUGAAGAGACCUCCGCCGAGGUAAUUGGAGUGACAACUGACGAUCUUACCCCCCCGCACGACAGAACCGGAUUACCGCGCAAGAUAGCCCAGAUCAAACAGAACACGGCCGAGCUAAACACAACCUAACAGGGUGGGAUAAUUCCCGGGAUUCUCUUGGCAGCACCGUAGACGAUCAGGGCAAGUUUCCGCACAGUCCACGAGAACAUAACAGCUAAACCAAGAAAAAUAUCCAUAGAAUUAUUCACACACAACGAAUGGCUCGACAAGAUUCUGGCCACACCCUCAGACCUAUUCAAAUCCUCACCGGUUCGCGCCACGGAACAUGGAGGAUACGAGAACCGAGGGAAAAAUUCUGCCCCCCUCCCCAACCCCCCCGAACCGGAAACGUCAAAACCUCCGGGCCCAACCCCCUCCAAAGAGCACGAAAAACCCAAAAUACCCGCGCGAAGGUUCCUCAUACCACCUAACGAACAAAGUGAGGAUAGUCUGCAAAGAGCGAGACCAUUCUGGGCGCGCAGAAGGCAACACGAGAUCCACCGCCGCCAGCAGCAGCAGCAUAGAAAGCUGCCGCAUCCACUGCCGGAGAACGUCACAUCUCCAAUUGCCAGUCCUCUCGUACUUAUAUACCCAAGACCUCAUCGUCUGGGGGUCAAGUUCGGAGAACCCCUUAUGAGUGCUGGUGAUGGCCUGGGGCCUGGCGCAGGAGGAGGAAGGGGGGUUGGAGGGAAGAGGGAGAGCGGUGGAACGAAACUUGUGUGGGAGGGAGAUGAGGGAGAGGUGGAGGACAUUGAGGACUUUGAGUGACAAGGGGUGGGAUGGGAUAUAUUAGUUUUUAAUUU